GUGCACCAGUGUUGCCAAAUGGCAGCUGAUAGUUUAACCGGCAUAAAUACAUAAAAAUUACUAUUCCGUUUUAAUAUGGUGCAAAAAAUAUUAAUGAUUUGCCUGGGCAACAUCUGCCGCUCGCCCAUCGCCGAGGUGGUUAUGGUUGACACCUUGGCCAAGGCGAAAAUUGAAGGUGUUGUUGUCGACAGCGCCGCGCUCGGAUCUUGGCAUGUGGGAAAUCGAGCAGAUCCGCGUGCCUUGAGCACACUUAAAAAGCAUGGCCUUGACAGUAAGCACAUUGUGCGCCAAAUUAAAAAGCAGGAUUUCACCGACUUCGACUACAUAUUUGGCAUGGAUGAGGACAACAUGAGCCAGCUGCGCAGCCUGGCGCCGAAGGGCUCCAAGGCGGAGCUGCUUAUGCUGGGCGAUUUUGGGCUGAACGCAAAGGACCGCAUCAUUGAGGAUCCCUAUUAUCAAAGUGGCGCCGAGGGCUUCGAGACGGCCUAUCAGCAGUGUGUGGUGGCUUGUGAAGCGUUUGUAAAGCAGCGACUGCAAAAAUAAUCUUAGUUAAAUGUUGUUGUACAUAAUUAAUAUAUAAACUGAUUAAACCGCAAUUGAAAUAA